AUGGAAAUGCGUGGAUGGAUAUCAAAUGUACCCACCGCGCUUACUGCUGUUCCUGAAAAUUUACGCGCUGAGCCACUUGAGAAUGUUCACGUAGGACCUGAAGCAUUUGUCAGAACAUUAGACGACUCCGUGAAGUUAUCACUCAUUGGUGGAAAAGCACGUCUAGCUCCGCUUAAACCCACAUCUAUACCUCGCUUAGAAUUUCAAGCAUUUUUGAUUGCAGCUCGUUUUUCUCUUACCAUACGCUCCAGUCACAGUGUUAAUGUGAAUGCAACUUAUAUCUGGUCCGAUUCCACCACAGUAUUAAGUUGGAUUCGAAGCGACGCCAGAACAUUCAAACCAUUUGUCGCUAAUCGUGUCGGUGAAAUCACAGAGAUAACUAACGUUAGUAACUGGAAAUUCGUACCAGGUAGUUUGAAUGUUGCAGACGAUGCAACAAGAUUUAAAGAUCGCGAUACUGAUUUGAAGCGAUGGUUCUCUGGACCCGAAUUUUUAUUAUUACCGGUCUCUGAUUGGCCUAGAGAACCAUUGACUUCGGAGACCCUAUCCACUUUCGAGGAGUUGAAACCCACGAAAGUGGUAGUGGGACUAACAAUUCUGGAUGAACCUUCAUCGGUUACACCAGAUCCCUCGCGCUUUAGUGAGUGGUUUCGUUUGGUGCGUGCAACCGCGCGCGUUCACCAAUGCGCGAACAAAUUUAGAUAUCUUUUGGCACGUUUUAAAGAUACAAAUUCUAAAUUUAAUAGGGACUCAAACCUACAAUCUCCGACCGCUUCAGAUAUUCAGAAAGCUGAAAUUGCUAUUCUCAGAAAGUCGCAGAUAGACAGUUUUAGCCAAGAAAUGGCUCUACUACACGACUCCAAACCUCUGCCAAAAUCGAGCAAACUACUUUCUUUGUCUCCUGUACUUGACGAAGAGGGUCUUCUCAGGUUGGAUAGCCGUAUCAAGCGCCAAAAAAACGUUGAUUGUGACGUUGUAUCCCCUAUUAUACUCGAUGGUCGUCAUCCAGCUGUACGUCUUCUUAUUCGUCACUACCAUGUCAAAGCCGCCCACACUUUCAACGAGUUGGUUUGCAACGAGUUAAAACAACGGUUCUGGAUUUUUCGUUGCCGCAGUGAAGUCCGUUCGAUCGCCAAAAGAUGCAUGUUUUGUGUGAAACGCAAGGCUAACCCACAGAUUCCUCCAACAGGUGACCUACCAGAAAUGCGUCUUGACCACCAUUCACGUCCUUUUACAAACGUCGGUUUAGACUAUUUCGGUCCGGUGGAAGUCACAAUUGGUCGCCGCAGAGAAAAACGCUGGAUUGCCUUAUUUACAUGUAUGACAACUCGUGCUGUUCAUCUGGAAAUCGUCGCUAAUCUGUCAUCUAAUUCUGCCAUUGCCAGUUUACGUCGCUUUAUAGCACGCAGAGGUGUACCGAAAAUAAUGACAUCUGAUAAUGGAACGUCUUUUGUGGGAGCGAAUCGCCAAUUAGCCGAGUUCCAUAACCAGUCCGUACAAGACUUCGCUGCCGCUAACCAUUGUGAAUGGAAAUUCAUACCACCUGCAUCGCCGUUUAUGGGAGGCUGCUGGGAGCGUUUAGUACGGACUGUCAAAACCGCUCUCCUGACAACUUUAAAGGAGAGAGCACCAAAAGAGGAAGUUCUUCAUACUUUCUUGUUAGAAGCGGAGGCUCUAGUCAAUUCCAGACCUUUAACAUACGUCACACAAAACGAAGAAUGUCAGAGCCUUACGCCGUUUCAUUUUUUAAUCGGUACUUCAUCCAAUCAACAAUUACCCUUGAGACUAGAUGAUGGAGUAUUUUCAUUAAGGAAGGAGUGGCAAAAAUCACUUCGCCUAUCCGAACACUUCUGGAACCGUUGGCUUAGAGAGUAUUUACCGACUCUAAAAUCUAAAAAACAGCAAGGAGGCGUGUUCAAGAAUUUUAAAGUUGACGACAUCGUCUUACUGGUCGAUCCUGAUUUACCACGAGGAGUAUGGCCUAUGGGAAGAGUAACUGGGGUCUUCCCAGGCAAAGAUGGAGUCGUGCGAGUAGCAGAUGUGGCCACCAAAGGGGGCACGCUGAGGAGACCCGUGCGCAAACUGGCCCUAUUGCACGAAGACACAAUUGUGUAG